CGGUCAGCUGCGGCCAUGUUAAUGCGGGGCAGUCCCAUCUCUCUGCGGGGCGCGAAAGCAAGGUCCUGGAAGAGAGAAACAGUUAAAGAAAAAGGGCGCGGAUGGCGUCGGGGCGCCCCGAGGAGCUGUGGGAGGCGGUGGUGGGGGCUGCCGAGCGCUUCCGGGCCCGGACGGGCACGGAGCUGGUGCUGCUGACGGCUGCGCCCCCCCCGCCCCCUCGCCCGGGCCCCUGCGCCUAUGCAGCCCACGGUCGAGGGGCCCUGGCCGAGGCUGCCCGCCGAUGCCUCCACGACAUCGCCCUGGCCCACCGGGCUGCCGCCGCCGCCCGGCCCCCCGUGCCCCCGCCAGCACCGCAGCCGCCCAGCCCUGCACGGAGCCCACCCCGGCCUACCCUAGCCAGGGAAGAAGAUGAGGAGGACGAGGACGAGCCAACGGAGACAGAGACCUCUGGGGAGCGGCUGGGCGUCAGCGAUAAUGGAGGACUCUUUGUGAUGGACGAGGAUACCACGCUCCAGGACCUGCCCCCCUUCUGCGAGUCAGACCCUGAGAGCACGGAUGAUGGCAGCCUGAGCGAGGAGACCCCCGCUGGGCCCCCAGCCUACUCAGUGCCCCCGGCCUCAGCCCUGCCCACACAGCAGUACGCCAAGUCCCUGCCCGUGUCCGUGCCCGUCUGGGCCUUCAAGGAGAAGAGGACAGAAGCUCGGUCAUCCGAUGAGGAGAACGGGCCGCCCUCCUCGCCGGACCUGGACCGUAUCGCGGCGAGCAUGCGCGCGCUGGUGUUGCGGGAGGCCGAGGACACUCAGGUCUUCGGGGACCUGCCGCGGCCACGGCUCAACACCAGCGACUUCCAGAAGCUGAAGCGGAAAUACUGAGGCCCAGGGAGCUUCCCGGCCCGGCGUCCGCCCCACCCCCACACUACACCCCUGCCCCGCCCCCGGGGCCCGCCAAUCCGAGUCAGAUCCGGGACCGGCCUCCCGGGCCACCAGGAUUGACCAGCCCCUGCCAACCCCCGCCGCCCUUCCAGCCCACGACCGCUCCCGCGCGGAUGAGCGAGGCCUGUCCAGUUUCCCGAUUGGGUCUGUUUUCUCUCUGCCCAGCGACAGAUUCUUUCUAUCAAGGGAUUGUCUCGCUCCCCGAUCGGGGCGUGGCUAGUUGGCCAACUCCGUCGUUUUCUGCCUAGCAACAAGGGCUUUGGUCGCACGGCAUUGGCUCCAUUCCUGAAAGAGCACAGUCAAGCUCCAGGAUUGGGUAGUGGCCCUCGACUUCAGCACAGUGAACGGGCAGCUCCUUCACUUGAUUGGCUCGAACACUGUAAAGGGCUUGACCAAUCUCCCGAGAGAGCCAUCACCCUUCCUGAGUUCCCCCACCUGAUUGGCUCCACUUCUGGGGGCGUGGCCAACCCUCUUCCUGUGCCCAGGAUUGGCCUGUGGCCUUAAAUUUACGUUCUUUACACUACUGGGGCUGGGGUCGUCUUUUGCCGAAGUCCAGACAAUUGUCCCCUCUGGCUCCCUCAGGGAUGGCCCGAUCCUGUUCCUGCGUCUGGCACCCUCUCAUUGGUUCCAUCCCACAACAGCCUGCCAAUCAAACCCGUCCUUGCAUCCAGGACGUUACCAGCUCCCGCCCCUCUCCCCCCACCCCCACAGGUGCCUUAAAGGGCCCUCGUCCACCCAAGGUGGGGGGCAGGGGGCCUCACUCUCCGGCCCUGGUGUGGGGGAGAGAGUGGAGGGUCGGGAUCGGGAGUUGGGAGGGGCGCUCUGAGAUUAAAGAGCUUUACCUCUGACAAAUGA